UUCAACACAAGGUCGUCUCCUUCCCCGUCCCCCUCGAGUCCCUUGCCAACACUUGAGCAUCGUACCUCUGAAACGCCUGAACUGCAAAGGGAUGCAAUGGCGGCCAACCCAGAGAAACCGGUAGCGGAAUUGGACGACAAGGUCAAGUACGAGUCUUGGGAUUGUCACCAUGAUAUUUCUACUCACGUGCGCAACAAGAGCAGGAGCCUCCAAUCAAGAACCGACAAACUCAGCUUCUUUACUUCUCUAUCCGAAGCUUUUCACGUUCAUAAUCCACUGGCCGACCCGGAUGUCGUGAAUUUUGCUGGCGACCUCUACGACAGUGUCAAAUCCCAGCUGCUCCAUCUCCUGGAAGAAAACAGAGCUGUAUCAACCAAUGAGGACAUGUAUAGUUUUUUCUUGGAUCACUUGAGGCUUGACGGAAAUUCUUAUGUGCUUGACAUCCCGGAAGACGGUAUCUUUGUUAAAUACGAGGCAGCGGAACUAGAGGAUUCUACAUUACCAACGGCAACACGCUCUGAGUCUAACCUUGACGAUUGGACCCACCUUAUUUCUGUCGACACGAAUUUGAACUCUGAGGCAGAGCAGCUUCAUAAUACCGCAGGUAGGAAACAAAACCAAAACCAACCUCUUCAAAAGAAUGCGCGUCCAAGGGCGACGACGCGCAGGGGUAGGAAACCAAAACGACCUCUUGCCAUUAGUACCGCUGUUCAACCGAACGUCGAUUUCACAGUGAAAGAAGAAGAAGAAGAACAAAAAGACCAUCUUCCUGACUUAAAAAGGCCCCUGAUAAAACAACAAGAACCUGUGAAUGUGGAUCAGUGGUGGCACAAACAUAAAGCCCGUGCACGGAAACACACAGAAUUUAGAGAUAAACUCAUGGAUGAUCUUAAGAGACCUUACUCUGAGGAAGAGUACUGGAUGCUUCUUAAACAACUUAGUGAAAAAAAACCAGUGCAAAGCCAAAGAGUUUUACGUUCGUGUACAAAAAGCUAUGACGACGACACUCGUCCUCCAAAGUCUAUUCUUGAUUACCAUGCUGAUCUUGCAAAGAGAUUAUAUUCAGUUCGUGAUGAUCAUCCCAGAGUUCUGAAUCUCCUACGUGGAUAUUUCUAUUGGAUGACAAAUUUAUCUCAAGAAGGAUCGUUUCUACCAUGGGAAGAUGCAUCAUGUCUGGAGGUGCUGCCACAAUAGGAAGGAGUCACUGCAUUUGACUUUUUGGGAGAUUUACCAUGCUUGUUACUUGGCUGUAAAACUUUGGUCCUUAGUGGACCUACAAUCAUGUUAAUUUUGUAUAUAUUUGGUCCGUAUAUUAUAUAUUCCUGCGCAAAAUGCUGUAAUUGAUUUGUAUUGCAUUGGCAUCUUUGAGUUGUACGAAGUUAUUUGAAUUUUGUUAAUAGAAAAUAGCCACAAUUUAUCCGUC